GUUGGCCGCCACAAGCGACACGAUUGGCCAAUCCAAAGAUACGAGUUUGCAGAUUCGUGGCGAAAGGCCAACAAAUGCAGCGCAAAGGGUCCGUGCGGCAGCCGCCGCGCACGAUCCGAGGCAGCGUCGACGAGAAGGCGCCGUCGCUCGAGACGAUCGAUAAGAAGCCGCGUAAGCUCCGUGACGAGACCAUCGUCAUCCACGUGUGCGACGAGUUUCGCAAAGUCAAUCGGGACUUUACGUGUAACAAGGCGCUGCUGCUGAACAACAUGCGGUACUUUUGCGCCUAUUUAAGCGAUUCGGGCUCGAGCGAGGACAUUGACAUUUCCGUGCACUGCGAUGUCGGCAUCUUUGAGUGGCUCUACAACUACGUUCACGCGGCCAACGGCGUGGGCACGUCACCGCUCACAAAGCUCGGUGUCGAAAACGUCACGCCAAUUCUCAUUUCGUCCGACUUUUUGCAGAUGGACUACCUCGUCAACGAGUGCACGACGUUCAUUGGCACGCACCUCGAGUCCGUCGUGGACAUGCCGGGGGACCUCCUCUGCGUCUCGGAAGGCAUUUUGGACGCGAUCGCGCUCAAGUGCUCGCUCGAACAGCUCGACAUGAUUGAGCCGCGCAAGGAAAAGCUCUGCUACAAGCUCUAUAGCAAGCGCAUCGCCCAUUUGCUCGGGCAUCUCAAGCAGCUUGAGACAGGCCUCGACCAAUGCGCGGCGUGCGGCGUCGUUUACUAUAGCGGCCACGUUCGAGUCUUGCACUGCCAUGACGCGAUCCCGAGUAUCGGGUGCUUUGGGCAAGUGCUUUCUCGCCACGAACCGCGGGACGACUGGAGGGUCGAUCCUUGGCUCAAGGCACUCGCUGCGUCGCCCAAGACGAUGUACUGGAAGCUUUGGGGAGCGCUCCAGUGCUUGUACUGCGUCGAGUGCCACGUUUUUUUCACGGGCUCAGAAAUCAAAGAGUGUUUGCACCACCCCGUGCCAGCGCAUACGUCGGCGCUCGAGGCCUCGACGCACCACGCGUGCUGCGGCGCCCCCAAGUUUGCGGCCGACGCCCGCGCGACCCGCGGUUGCACGUCGAAAGACCACGUGCUCGGUCGCCCGUACGAGGUGCGGGAGUACUUUGCCCCCGAGAGCAACUUGAACCGCCUGCAUGAGCUCGCGACGACCCAUGUCGACCUUCUUGCGCGCGACAAGCCCAGUGCGCCGCCCGUACCGACGGCCCCGCCGGCUGGUGUCGCAGUGCACGACAUGCUGCGCCCCAGCGUCGUAGCGCGCAAGAGCAUGCUGGCCAACGUCGAGGUGCCGAGCGAUCUCAUCAAGAGCCUCAAGUCCAAUAGCGCGGACCUCUCGACGCCGCAGACGCGCAAGCAGUGGAAGAUCGACCUACUGCAAGAGAAGGACCGCAUCCGAGUCCAGCUUCUCUCGUCCACACUGACCAAGAUGCGCACCGAAUACCGUGCUGCGUUUCGGUGAGCCCCGAGCUUUUCGUUUACCAAGCCUUUAUAUCCAUGCACCCAAGCUGCGUCCUACCGCUGUCAGCUCUCUCGCUGUCUUCCACUAAUAGCUGCGACUAAGACUCUGGCACGGAUGCGUGCACAUCAACUAACAGCUACACCAGCUCGGACUGCGAGCUCGGGCUGCGAGCUCAGACUGCUGAUCAUGUAGAAUCAUCUUGGGCGGCGCAGCUGCAUCAACAA